CUCGCAACGGCGCGGUCGCGCCGUGAAUUGAAAAAAAAUUGAUGCGAUCUUGGAGUAUGUGCCUCUACAUCCAUCACCAUGGAUGCCGAGAGAUGCUCUUUGCAUCUUACAAAAGGUCAAAUGUCCACUGCUUUGCUUUCUGUGCCUGCAGGUGGCAGCUUUGACAUGGGAUAUCAUUUGGAAUCCGAGAAGGCCAAUACCGGGGAGAGUAAAAGACAUCCAUUUUUCAAGGUUGUGUAUCGAGCUUUGGCAAUGUCUUGAAUACACGCAUCCCGCUGCUGUACUCUUUUCCCCAAUAUGUGUCCAAAUCUUUGGAACCAACCCUGCUGUGACUUAAAAACAAGGCUGCGCAAAACACUUUGGUAUCAGUGUUUUCCUUGCCAUGCCCGAAUGUC